AUGUCCAAAUCUCAUGCGAAGCUGUCUAUCGGAGGAGGCAAGCCAUUUCCAGACCCUCUUCUCAAUCCAGAAGACUAUGUGGUGGAAUUUGAAGGGAUCGACGACCCUGAGCAUCCUCAGAACUGGAAACUGUCUUCGAAACUAUUCAACUCUAUCCUGGUCUGCUCAGGCACAUUCAUAGUCUCGUUAACGAGCGCUAUAUUCGCACCGGGUAUCGACAAAGCGAGCAAAGCUUUCGGAGUCGGGAGAGAGGUGGGAACCCUUGGAACAACUCUUUACGUCCUAGGCUUUGCAUCCGGACCCCUUAUUUGGGCGCCUGCAUCAGAGCUCCGGGGAAGGAAAUGGCCUCUGACCAUCGGUAUGUUGGGCGGUGGGAUCUUCACCGUGGCAUCAGCAGUUGCCAAAGAUAUUCAAACCUUGAUCAUAAGCCGUUUCUUUGCUGGCAUGUUUGGUGCCAGCCAACUUACCGUCGUUCCCGGCGUACUAGCAGAUCUAUACAACAACGCAACUCGCGGCGUGGCAAUCUCGCUGUAUGCGCUGACUGUCUUUGUGGGACCAUUUAUGGCUCCGUUCCUGGGUGGGUUUAUUACGUCCAGUUAUCUCGGCUGGCGCUGGACUCUCUAUAUCCCGGCAAUGUUCAGCCUGGCAAAUGGAGUAUUGAGUGUUUUGUGUCUGGAUGAGACUUAUCCUCCUUGUAUUCUCAUGGCGAAGGCUGCUGCAAUCCGCAAAGAGACUAAAAACUGGGCAAUUCAUGCCAGACAAGAGAAGAUUGAGAUCAAUUUUGCAGAUCUCGUGGAGAAGUACUUCACUCGGCCAGUGAAGCUGCUGUUCAUGGAACCGAUCAUUCUCGUGGUCUCGAUCUACAUGUCUUUCAUCUACGGUCUUGUCUAUGCACUUCUCGAAGCAUAUCCGUUUGUCUUUGAACAUGUCCAUGGGAUGACUCCCGCCAUCGCUGGACUGAUGUUUAUUGGCUUGAUUGUUGGAGUGUUACUCGCGUGUGCAUUCAUCCUUUUGGGACAGUUGAACUAUGCACGAAAAUUGGCAGAUAACCAGGGUAUCCCGGUGCCUGAAUGGCGGCUUGCUCCACCACUUCUAGGAGCGCCUGUUUUUACAAUUGGUCUUUUCUGGUUUGGCUGGACCGGAUUCACCUCUCAAAUCCACUGGGCUGUGCCCGCCAUGGCCGGAAUAUUUAUUGGGUUUGGAGUACUGUGUAUCUUUCUUCCCUGCUUCAACUAUAUUGUUGAUUCCUAUUUACCAGUUGCUGCUUCUGCUGUUGCUGCCAACAUCAUGCUUCGAUCAGCAGUAGCCGCAGGAUUUCCACUAUUCUCGAGGCAAAUGUUUGAAAAGGUGGGAAUCCAAUGGGCUGGCACUUUGCUUGGUAGUUUGGCCGCAAUCAUGAUCCCGAUUCCGAUCAUAUUUAGGGCUUAUGGGCCUUUGCUGCGAGGGAAAAGCAGAAUCUUUGAAUAA